GAUCGCUUAGAUGCAUAUUCAUACCCAGCAACCAGUAGGGGAACAUAACUAGUACUGUUUCUUUUUAAUUGAGCGCCCAUUUCUCUUGAAAGUUGAAACCGAUAUGGCUACUGGUUUUGGUAAGAGAAGGGUGGCAACAGUGCUAAGCAUUGAUGGAGGUGGCAUUAGAGGCAUAAUUCCGGGUUCCCUUCUUGCCUUUCUUGAAUCCAAACUUCAGGAGCUGGACGGGUCACAGGCAAGGAUUGCAGAUUAUUUUGACAUCAUUGCUGGGACGAGCACUGGUGGACUAGUAGCCACCAUGCUUGCAGCUCCUAAUAAGGAAAACAGACCCAUGUAUGCAGCAAAGGACAUCAAUGACUUCUAUUUAGAGCACAGCCCCAAGAUUUUUCCUCAGAAAAGUAACCUGUUAGGUCCGCUGUCAGUUUUCUUUGGUGGGCCAAAGUAUGAUGGGAAGUAUCUGAGGUCGUUGACGAACAACUUGCUACGAGACUUGACUAUCACACAGACCCUCACAAAUGUUAUUUUGCCUACUUUUGACAUGAAGCUCCUUCAACCAGUGAUCUUCUCCACCAUUGAAGGAAAGACAAAUGCUUUGAAAAAUGCUAGGCUAGCAGACAUUUGUGUGGCCACCUCUGCAGCUCCAACAUACUUGCCAGCACACUUCUUCACGACCAAGGAUCCCAAUGGAACUUCCACUCGCAAUUUCGACCUGGUUGAUGGUGCGAUUGCCGCAAAUAAUCCUGCAUUAUUGGCCGUAUCUGAGAUCCGCAACCAGAUCAGGAUGCAUACAAGUGAAUUUCCUGGUGUGAACCCCACAGAGAAAAAGGGUAUGCUAGUCUUAUCGCUAGGAACUGGAGAAGCCAAGUAUGAAGAGAAAUAUAAUGCACCCACAGCCGCUAAUUGGAGCAUGAUCAAUUGGCUUUAUAACAGUGGCAAAACACCAAUUAUAGACAUGUUUAGCAGUGCAAGCUCUGAUAUGGUUGACUAUCAUAUCUCCACCCUCUUCCAGUCUCUGGACUCAAAGGAAUAUUACCUACGUAUUCAGGAUGACAAAUUGAGCGGGGAUGCAGCGUCUGUUGACAUUGCAACUACCCAGAACUUGCAAAGGCUUAAAGAGAUUGGAGCUGAACUCCUAAAGAAGACAGAGUCAAGAGUGAAUUUGGAUACUGGCAAGUAUGAAGAAAUUGAAGGAGGACGCACGAACGAAGCAGCUCUUGCCAAGUUCGCUCAGUUUCUCUCAGAUGAAAAAAAGUACCGGCAAACCAAUUAAUGGUGUUCACUUCCUACGUAGUUGGAAUACAGGAUUUGUGCACUUGAAAAAA